CAGGACCCUGGAAGGGCAGUCUGUGCUCUUAACCGCUGAGCCAUCUCUCCAGUCCUGCUCUUUCUUGAUUCUCAUUUUUUUUCUUUUUGUUUUUUUGCUUAUUUUUGAGACAGGGUUAUUCUGUGUAGCCCUGGCUGUCCUGAAACUUGCUUUGUAGACCAGGCUGGCCAUGAACUCAGAAAUCUGCCAGCCUCUGUCUCCUGAACUCUGUGACUAAAGGUAUAAGCCACUGUCAUCCAGCUAUAUCUUUAAAAACAUUUUUUCUAUUUAUUUUAUUACUGUAUGAGUGUUUUAUCUGCAUGUAUGUGUAUAUAUCAUGUUCAUGCCUACUCCCCAUAGAAGGCAGAAGAGGGCAUCAGAUCUCAUGGGACAGAAGUUAUAGUUGUGAGCCACCAUGUUGGUGCUAGAAGUUGAACUUGGAUCCUCUUCAAGAGUAAAUGUUCUUUUAUCACUAAACCAAGUCUCUGGCUCAUGCACAUGCACAUUGCUGGCACCAGGGUCUGGUUGUAAAGCUCUACAUGCCAUUAUAAUGGCUCAUCUGUUUUAAUGUGCUGAGAAACUAUUGGGAAAAACUUUCUAGAACAAUCAUCAGUUACAAUCCAAGAUGGCUUCAGUCAGGUCAAGUACAACCUGCUUACCCUGCCUAAGCCACAUAUUUAUCUCUUUAGAUAUAUACACUUUAUUCUAGAUUUUAACAAUCAUUAACGCUCCCCUCCCCUGCUCUAGAAUAUAGUCCUUAUCAGAAUAUGGUCAUUUCUCCUCUCCCAUGCCCACCACUUCUCUCCAUGGAUGUUCUCCUGGCUGUGUGAAGAGGACCAAAAAUCAGUACUCAGACCUUUGUACAUCUAUUACAGCUUUCCUCCAGCCUUUCCGUCUCUGCUCAGUGUACUUUCACCUCAAAGCACACCUCGAGUCUUUCCUUAACCAACCUUGGCGACAGAAUGGUAGGACGGGAAGAGCUGGCAAGACCAGCUCUGAAAAGUGGCCCAGCAGGGAAGACCUUGAUUCCUUCUUACUGAGCUUCAUGCCCUACAGUUACACUCUGGCCCAUAGCCUUCACAUGCUGGAGACAGUCAUCAGCUGCUGCAAUACUGUGGCGCUGGAGGCCAAAUCCCCUGCUAGACUCCUCCAGUCCUUGAACCUAAGGGGAAUGAUAUACAAGUAGUGUCCUUGAAAUUCUCUCCUGGGGGCUGGAGAGAUAGCUCAGGGGUUAAGAGCACUGACUGCUCUUCCAGAGGCCCUGAGUUCAAUUCCCAGCAACCACAUGGUGGCUCACAACCAUCUGUAAUGGGAUCCGACGCCCUCUUCUGGUGUGUCUGAAGAUAGCAACAGUGUAUUCACAUCCAUAAAAUAAAUACUUUUUAAAAAAGAAUGAAAGAAAUUCUCUCCUAAGCUAGGCUUCCUCCCUCUCUGUCCUAGGUGAUACCAUAUUCUCCUGUUCUCUAAGAGCUCCCCGUUCCUGUUCUUGGCUAUUGGGCCAUUUCUCCCAGGGCUUCUACUUUGCCCACUAGUGAGGCUUUGAUCAUGAGGCUUCCUGACCAAAACUAAGGUUGUUGUAUUCUCAAAUGUUUCACAAGACACUGAGAAAAUACUAAAGUGUGUAUCAUUGGGGUGGGGUGGAAGGAACAAUGGGGCAUUCAAACCAGCUUACACAAAAAGGAAUGUAAUGGUCUGGGUAACUGUAAAGACCGUGACUCACACACCAUUAUUUCUGUCUCUGAGCUUCAUGUCAUCUUUGACUGUGGAUUCAGUGACUAAGGCCUUCCCACACCCCACACCCCCAACCCGAUUCUUUCAGAUUUCUGUCUUGAGGAAAAUGUUUCCUUCACAAGAAAACAGGGUGCUGGAGAGAUGGCUCGAGAGUUAAGAGUUUGUGCUUCAGCAGGGCAUGGUGGUGUAUUGCUUGGAUCCUGGCACUCUGAGUUUGAGGCCAGCCUGGUCUACAGAGCUCAUUCCAGGGCAACCAGAGCUACACAGAGAAACCCUGUCUUAAAAAAUAAACAGUGCGGGAGUGCGGGGUUGGGGAUUUAGCUCAGUGGUAGAGCGCUUGCCUAGGAAGGGCAAGGCCCUGGGUUCGGUCCCCAGUUCCGAAAAAAAGAACCAAAAUAAAUAAAUAAAUAAAUAUGUCGACACCUCUGUCUCCUGCGCAGGAUACGUGUCGACCCGGCCAUCCCCGUAAUAGAUCUCUGUAAUAAACCUCACCUUUGCUUAUUACAUCAAAAAUAAUAAAUAAACAAACAAACAAACAGGGCAGUCUGGGGCUCUUACAGAGGACCUGUUUUCUCCCUACAACCCAUAUCAGGCAGCUUUUGCCUGGAACCUCAGAUCCAGGGAAUAUGACACUGUCUUUUGGCCUCCCUGGCCAUCUACACUCAUGUAACUAAGAAGAUAAAUCUUCAAAUGGGGCUGGAGAGAUAGCUCAGUAACUGAGAGCGCUUCCUGCAGGAAGAAUUGAGUUCUCCACACCCACAUCAAAUGGCUCACAUCUGACUGAAACUCCAGCUUCAGGGGCAUCAGACACUCUUCUGGCCUCCCAGGCCACACUCCCAUACACACACACACACACACACACACACACACACACACACACACACACGAGAGAGAGAGAGAGACAGAGACAGAGACAGAGACACAGAGAGACAGACAGAACAUAAGUAUGCAUAUACACAUAUAGAUAUAGAGUUCCAGGCCAGCCAGCACUGCACAGCUAGACACUGUCUCAAAAGGAGAGGAAGGGCACUGGAGAGCUAGUUUGGCAAUUAAGAGCACUACCUGUCCUUCAGGAGGAUCCGUGUUCAGUUCCCAGCACCCACAUGACAGCUUAUGACCAUCCAUCAGUAACUCCAGUCCCAAGGGACUGAACCCCUUCCUUUUCAGACCUCCGUGGGCUCCUGCACAUACACGGUGGACGGAUAUAUACCCAGGCACACACGCAUACACAUAAAAUUAAGUAUUUUUAAGAGAAGAAAGUGUAGCAUUCCCAAAAUAUGAAGGCUCUUUCUAGAAUGAUGAAUGAACACCAACCCAUGGUUGGUCCCUCCCUGUACCUAAAAACUCCCUGGACCAGCGAAGCGUGACGACACCAGUAUAAAGCGCAGGUUCUUCGCCUUCUCAGUCCUGGCUUGAGCUUGGUCCAUCAUGCACGUGUCUUUCACCAACCAGGUGAGGCUAGAUUCCCUGAGGAAGUAGAAACAGUAGAAACUAUGCCCAGUCCUGAUGGGGGGAGAUCAACCCAGGGCUAAUCCUGAACAUUCCAGAGAUGCUGGUUCCAGAGGGUAAAGUUACAGAACUCAUGUUAUAUAAAGACGAGUCCUUUUGGUGGAACAUAAACUGAAAACGGCUUAGAACAAGACAAACCUAACUGUUAUGGAGGCUGGAAGUCGGAAAUGGGCCCCACUGGCUAACAGGAAGGUGUUGGUUGGACUCGGGUCCCCACUGCAGGCUUUCGUGGUUGAAUCUACUGCCUCACAAUUUCUGAUUUCCAGACACUGCCUGUACUCCUUGCUCCUGAUACCCCCCUCCAUCUAUGAAGCCAACGAUGGUGGGUAGUGUUUUCUGGAUGGCAUCCGUAUGACUCUGGACCUCUUUCGUGUUUGAAGUCCUUAUAAUUGAUUCCAUUGAGUUCGUAUGAAAUCCAGAACGUUCUUUUAUGAUUUGGUAUUUAUCUUAUUCAUAAGUUUGCUUCCAUGAAUGCAUGUAGGAGCCCUUAGAGACCAGAUCCCCUGGAAGUGGAGUUGCAGGCGGCUGAGAGUCACCAUGGAGGUGCCAGGGCUUAAAAGAGGUGGGAAGUGUUCAGCGGUCUAGAGAAUGAUGUCUGUGAGCUCAAGCAGCAGCUGCCUCUAGCUUGGAGCCACUGUACUUUAGUUUCUACCUAGGACAGAUUGGCCGGCUCCAAGCCAGCUCGAGGUGUUUCUCUCUGCCUAGUAACAGAGGUGUGGCUGAGGCUGGGCAUGGAAGUGGGAAACAGAACUGCAAAGCAGUGUGGAGAAGCUCCGUUCUGGACUGUUCUGGCACUCCCAAAGGCUGGAAAACAAUCCCAUUAGGCUGAAGGAGGCAAGUGAACGGCGGUUAAAAGGGGAAAGACAAUAAGGGCCGGGGGCUCAAAAGCGUGGGGAGGGGGGUUGGGGAUUUAGCUCAGUGGUAGAGCGCUUGCCUAGCAAGCGCAAGGCCUUGGGUUCAGUCCCCAGCUCCGAAAAAAAGAAAAAAAAAAAAAAAAGCGUGGGGAGGAACUGUGCUGUGUUUUAUAAAAUAGAAAAGAAGCCAGGGAUAUGUUUGGUAGAGGAGCGGCAUCGCGGGGUGGGGGUGGGGGUUGCCUCUGUGGGCUCACGCUAAGGCAUCCCUUCCCCCUGAGGUGAGAGAGAGAGAGGGAGAGGGAAAUGAGGAGAGAGGGGGAAGAGUGCAAGCAUGAGAGUGAGGAGAGGGGCAAGCAGUCCCUUUUAUAGUGAGUCAGGCAUACCUGGCUAUUGCCAGGUAACUGUGGGGCGGAGCCUAAAGGGAAUGCUGACAGAUUGAUUGUUUUGCAAUCGGUAGCCCUGGCUGUUCUCAAACAGGAUGACUGAAUUUCAGGUCUUUCUGCCUCUAGGAGUCCUGGGAUUACAGACAGGAGCCACCACACCCGUUUAUGUGGUGCUGGAGACCGAACCCAGGGAUUUAUGUAUGUCAGAUUCUUUAUUAACAGACCUACAUCCCCAGCCCGGGAAUAAUUGAUGAGGAGGUGGGGAGCAGAACCUCUGACCCAGAAAAUGUUUCACAAAGCACGAGCCAGGCAAGAGCCAGGGUGGGGGGAACCAGUGACGGGUGCUUGCUAGAAAUUAUGUAUCCAUACCCAUCCACCACAGGUCUGGACCCAGUAAAAAUGCUCGUCAUCUGAGUUCCAGGUCAUGUACUCCUACGUCUGCCUGCCGCCCGGAGAGGGUUUCCUGCCUCGGCUGCAGACCCUCACCUACACCUACCUGCCCGCCCCUCUGCUGCUGCCACCCAUCCAGACCCACAACUUCUGCAGCCGGCCGGUGGGCCUGAGCACGGCGCCGCGAGAACUCCACUGCUUCCAUGGUACGGGCCCGGCCCUCGCCUUCUCCACGCCACCCUGGUGGGCCUUCCCGCUGCUGGGUGCCGCAGCCCCAGGCUCGUCGUUCCCCGCCUCCGGCUUGUCCGCGCCAUCCCGGCCAGCGCGCGAAGCCGCGUGGCCGGAAGGCAGCAGCCUGCAGCUGCAGCUGCGCUGGGGCCGCGUGGAGCGCAUGCGGGGGCCGCCCCUACCGCUGCCGGACGCCGUGCGCCGCGACUUGCGGCGCGUCUACGGCACCUACCCACGCACCGACGUGCGCGUCACCCAGCGCGGCGGCCAGUUCUUGCUGCGGGCCGAGCCGCGCGUGGGCGAGCCCGAAUACAAGGUGGCCCGGCGCGUGGUGCGCAGGCCAGCCAGCGGCGACGAUGGGGACAGCGGGGACCGCCCGGCCGCUCCGGAGGCGGUGCAGCGUAGCCGCCGGAAGAAAAAGCUAGGACCAAAAUGAGCGUCUCAGCGCGUCAUGUAGCCUGACUCCCAGGGCCUGCUCUUAAGUAGCACCUCCACAGUGGGCAGUGGACAAUCUUCUAGAGUUGCCGGCCUGGAUUCACUCUCCAAACGUCAUCUGAAGACCUAGGGUAGUUUUGAUAUGUGGGAAACGUCGCCUAUGAGAUAACUAGGGUUAGAGCUUCUGACGUUUUUUUCAAGCCACGUGUCCUUAGCUUCUCUGAACCCCUUAACUAUCACAUCUGUAAAACAUAUAAGAUUAGAUGUUCAGAGGGAUGUCAUUCGUUUUGUUCUUUUGGUUUUUCCAGACAGGGUUUCUCUCUGUACCCCUGGCUGUCCUGGAACUAACUCUCUAGAUCAGGCUGACCUCGAACUCAGAGAAACCACCUGUCUUUGCCUCUAGAGUGCUGGGAUUAAAGGUGUGCACUACCAUGCCCAGCCUGAAUGUCCUCCUGUUUGUUUGUUUGUUUGUUUGUUUGUUGAGACAGGUCUUUGUAGCUUGUCUUUGGCUACUUUGUGGGUUCUUUUUUUCCUCCCACACUUUUCCUACCCUUUCAAGCCCCUAACAUUAGGAGAGAAGAAAGGAUAGAAAGAAAAGGAACUACAACUGUGUCCUUAGACUACUUCCUGCUGAUUAGGAGCUUUGAGUUCCUUAACGCAAGUUUGAUCUUCAUUGUCAGGAUAUCUGAUCUUCUUGUUUCUUCUUUUUCCCUGGACUCACCACAUCACUUGGGUGCUAGCACGCAUAUAAAUAUAAAUAUAAAUAUAUAUGUAUGUAUAUGUAUAUAUAUUCUGAAAAGUUCCCAGAAUUCCAAACACUGCACAACUGCAGAAACCGUCUGCCCCUGACAAAAAUCAUUCCCCUGCUAGAGCACUUGGCAAAUCUGUCACCUGCUGAGGACAGUCUGAAGCAGUCCCAUAUUCCACAUCUGGGAUUAAGACAAAAAUUCUUAUAGUAGCUCUGUGUUUCUAAAAAUUACACAAUUCCAGAAUCUUACUACAGGGCUUCUCUGUAUCACCCUGGCUGUCCUGGAACCCUCUCUGUAGACCAGGCUGGCCUCGAACUCAGCCACCCCAGCACUGCCUCCCAAGUGCUGGAGUUAAAGGUGUGCACCACGAUGCCUUUAUUCCCAGUUUUUAUUAAACCUUUAAUUAAUUUUCAGAUAAAGAAGGUCUUGCUAUUUAACUGACUGACCUCAAACUGGUUGUAAUACUCCUGCUUAAGCCUGUUGUGGCAGGAAGUGUUCAUGAACCCCAAAAGACCAGCAAGGAGCUGCUUCUGAUGUAACAGCGUUAGGGUCCCUUUAUACAACCCAACCCUGACACAGCAGGAUGGGAAGGGAAGGCUCCAACCCUCAGCAGGACAAGGUGUCUCAGGGAAUGGGAGUAAGUGAGAGGGUUGGCCCUGGCAAGUAUCUAACUGAAUGUCUAUUGUAAGCGGACAGCUGGGUGUUCUGAAACAAGACCAUGAACAAUCACAGAUGGUCUGGAAGUACAUCUGAUACAAUCAGACUAAUCUUUGAUUGACUGUUGCUAGGAAGUAGCUAGGGAGUAACUCUGGGUCAAGGACAAGCUGUGGGGUCCUUCCUGGUACUCCGGUACAGCCUGGGUUCUGCUGCAGGUCAAGUUUCUCAUGCUUUUCUUCAAGAUGGAGGUUGGUCCCAAGAUGGAGUAGGGGAGCACACAUGGGCACCACACCUGACUGGUCUUUUUCUCCUAAAUACAUCUGGAAAAUUCGGUAUUUCAAUAUAGUGUUGUUGAUGGGCUGGGUAGAGCACCCCUUUAAUCCUAGCAUUCAUGAACCAGAGUUAGGAGGAUACAGAUCUACUACUGAUCUGAGUUCCAGACCAGAGCCAGACUCUAUCGUGUGUGUGUGUGUGUGUGUGUGUGUGUGUGUGUGUGUGUGUGUAAGUGUUGACUUAGUUAAUAUGUCCUUCCUUGUCUCACCACUCUCUGCAUGUGUGUGCCUGUUCCUGUGUGCACAGGUACACACCAUCAGCGUCAACCUUAUUAAGAUUUAAUUGGCACACACCUUUAAUCCCAGCCCUCAGGAGGCAAAGGCAGUGGAUCUCUGUGAGUUCGAGACCAGCCUGGUCCACAGAGAAAGUUCCAGGACAGAGAAACCCUGCCUCGAAAAACCAAAAAACAAAGAAUUAAUUUAAUUAUUCUUUAAUUAUGUGUUUGUGUGUGAGUGUAGAUUGCAGAUGCCUGAGGAUACAGAGGUGUUGUUAGAUGCCCCCUGGAAUUAGUUGUGAGCCACCUCUGGAAGAGCACUACUAUGCACCAGGGCAAGCCAUCUGUACAGGCCCCACUCCUCAGCCCAGCUUGUUUUGUUUUGUUUUGUUUUUAAAGAUUUAUUUAUUUAUUAUAUGUAAGUAUAUUGUAGCUGUCUUCAGACACACCAGAAGAGGGCAUCGAAUCUCAUUACAGAUGGUUGUGAACCACCAUGUGGUUGCUGGGAUUUGAACUCAGGACCUCUGGAAGAGCAGUCAGUGCUUUUAACUACUGAGCCAUCUCUCCAGCCCCCAGCUUGUUUUUUGAUACAAGGUUUCUCCUAGGGGCUUGCUAACAGGCUAGUACCAGAGGGAGCUGUCUCCUUCCUCUUCCUCUUCCUAUGCCCAGUGGUCGCAGGCAUGCACCGCUGUGCCCUGCUUUUUAUAUGGGGAUUGAGGUCGGAAUUCAGAUCCUAUUGGGACACACACAUUAAAUAAAUGAAUAAAAAUAAGUAAAAUGUCAAAACAAAACAAACCUUUGGCAUAUAGCCAGGCGUGCUGAGGCACACCUUUGAUCCCAGCAUUCAGUAGGCAGAGGCAGGUGAUCUCUGAGUUUAAGGCCAGCCUGGUCUACAGAGAGUUCCAGGACAGUCAGGGCUACACAGAGAAACCUUGUCUUGAAAGAAACAACAAUAAAAAAGUAAAAUUUUUUUUAAAAAUGAAAAUAAUGGAAGGGAUUUGGGAGAGAAAUAGGAAUAUAAUUUUUAUUUUACUUUAUAGAGCUAUUUUAAAGUAUUAAUUGAUUAGUUAAUUAGGUUUUUUGAGACAAGGUUUCUCUGUAUAGCCCUGGCUGUCCUAAAACUUGCUCUGUAGAUCAGAGCUGAACUUGAACUCACAGAGAUCUGCCUGCCUCUGCCUCUUACAGCUGUCUUCAGACACAGCAGAAGAGGGCAUCAGAUCCCAUUACAAACGGUUCUGCGCCACCAUGUGGUUGCUGGGAAUUGAACUCAGGACCUCUGGAAGAGCAGUCAGUGCUUUUUUUUUUUUUUUUUUUUUUUUAAGAUUUAUUUUAUUUUUAUUUAUUAUAUAUAAGUUCACUGUAGCUGUCUUCAGAUACACCAGAAGAGGGCAUCAGAUCCCAUUACAGAUGGUUGUGAGCCACCAUGUGGUUGCUGGGAAUUGAACUCAGGACCUCUGGAAGAGCAGUCGGGUGCUCUUAACUGCUGAGCCAUCUCUCCAGCCUCAGUCAGUGCUCUGAACCCCUGAGCCAUCAUCUCUCCAGCCCUGAGAUCAUUUUUUUUUUUUUUUGGUUCUUUUUUUUGGAGCUGGGGACCAAACCCAGGGCCUUGCGCUUCCUAGGUAAGCGCUCUACCACUGAGCUAAAUCCCCAGCCCCGAGAUCAUUUUAAAAGAAGUUUCGAAGACAAAUUACUACGUACCCAUGCCACUUUUUUUUUUAAAGAUGUAUUUAUUUUAUGUAUAUAAUCAGACCCCAUUACAGAUGGUCGUGAGCCACCUGUUGUUGCUGGGAAUUGAACUUAGGACUUCUGGAAGAAUAGUCAGUGCUCUUAACCACUGAGCCACCUCUCCAGCCCUUUAUUUUUGAGACUGUCUCAUUGUGAAGCCCUAGCUGACCCUGAACUCCAAUAUGUAAACAAAACUGACCUUGAAUUCACAAGGACUUGCCUAUUAGGCACUGGGAGAUGUGUGUGUGUGUGUGUGUGUGUGUGUGUGUGUGUGUGUGUGUGUAUUAUCAUAGCUAGAUAUUUUCUAUUUUUACAUUCACACACAUAUUACUUACAGAAAUCAGGGGAAAAAAAACCUGGUAAUUGGUUCUCUCCUCCCACUACGUACAUUCUGGGGAAAGAACUCUGAUGGUUAGCUCUAAGGCAAACAGUCCUUGAUAAAAAGCCCAGCCUUUGAUUUUUUUCUAUUUUUCCUUCAUGUGUAUGAGGGUUUUGCCAAAAUGCAUGUAUGUACACUAUAUGUAUGCCCAGUGCCGUCCAAUACGAGAAGAUGACAUGGAAUCCCAUCUCACUAUCCAUCCCUGGCUGGCCUAGAACACACAGAUGUCUGGCUCCCAAGUACUGGGAUUAAAGGCAUGAGUUAGCACAGCCAGCUCAGAUCACCCUUAGAAACAAAGGAGGUUUAAAAUAAGUGAUGAACCCCAUUUCAACACAUGUUUUGUGCGUCCUGCUCCUUCUCAAUCUUCUUGGGCCCUGACCCUUGAAGUCUUUCAACUUUCUCCUUUCUGGUCUGCCCUGUUCAUAAACAUGCCUCCCUGUGGCUGUAAUUACCCCUGGUUUCCCACAAGUUACUCCUACCUAUCCUAUGCCCAGCAUAUGGAAGGAGGAAGAACCCUACGUUAGGCUCUUAGAGACAGAUGUUGCUAGAUGUUGCUACUCCACAGAGUCCAGCAUCAGUACACUCCACUCCCAGCCCUGUAGGGAGCUGAUUGCUUCCUUGUUUGAUCUUUUCUUUGAACUUAACUCUCAAAGAACAGGACUUAUAAAACACCCAGACAGCCUGAGACCUGAUGGUUGUGGGUUGUCCUGGUGAUGUCUGUGUUCUGACGUCGUUAAUUCUGCUUCCUCAAGAGGGGCUCCUGGACUAGGAGUGGAUAACUCAGGUUAUCCUGUGAACCUUCUCCCCAUUUUAACUGGCCAGAUAAAGCCUAGAGCCUGUGCUUGGGCAGAGGAAGGGAAAGCUGGAGCUGGAGAUUUUAGAGAGUGGGGGAAGAGAGGGAGAGAGAGGAAGAAGGACAGAGGAAGAGGAGGUGGAAGGAAUGUGGAGCGGACCCACGUGGCCCCGAGAAGCCACAAGUAGCAAGGAUCUCAUUGCUGGGGAGUGGAGCAGUGUAGGGGUAGAUCCGCCCAGUCUAGGAUCUCAUUGCUGGGGAUUGGAGCAGUGCAGGGGUAGAUCCCCCCAAUCAAGGAUCUCAUUGCUGGGGAGUAGAGCAGUGCAGGGGUAGAUCCCCCCAAUCAAGGAUCUCAUUGCUGGGGAGUGGAGCAGUGCAGGGGCAGAUCCGCCCAGUCUAGGCGCGCAGCUUAUGAAUAUUGUAACGGAGCUGUGUCUGCAUGGGCUUAUUUGGUUGGAGAUUCGCUGUAGCCCCUGGCCGUUCAUCUGUUCUUCAAAGCUCCUUGCCCCAGUUCACACUCUGUCAGGACUCCAGGGUUACAAGAAGGUAGUCAUGCAAGUUCAGGUCCAUAGGUGGGAAUGCAGAACUCUCAGCUCCCAGGAGGACCUGACCAAACUAUCCCCGAUCCUCAGACCGGCAUCUCCUGCCCUUGCAGGAUCAGGUCUGGGGACCAUCACGUGGGAAGGCCUGGCAGGUAAAUCUCUUUCUUUUUUUUUUUUCCGGAGCUGGGGACCGAACCCAGGGCCUUGCGCUCUACCACUGAGCUAAAUCCCCAACCCCCUGGCAGGUAAAUCUCAAUGCCAACUUCACUCGGCAACUGUCCUUUCCGUCGAACCCAUGCUACUUAAAGACAAAAGCCAACAAGGCACUAACAAGAUGGUUCAGCCAGUAGAGCGCUUGAGGUCUAGCCUGGUGACCUGAGUUCACUCCCUGGGACCCACAAUGACAGGAGAGAACCAAUUCCCUCAAGUUUUCUUCUGACUCCACAAGCACACUAUAGCAUGCAUACACUACCCCGCCGCCGCAACACACACAUACACAUACAUACACACACACACACACACACACACACACACACACACACACACUGAGUAAAUAUAUUUUCCAAGGAAUAGGAGCCAAUGUCUCCCGUGUAUCCUGGGGGCUCUCUGUGUGCUGCGUAAGAUACUAAAUCCCUGUGCAGACAGUUACCAACUCACUAAAGUGCGUGCUCACAAAACUCUGAUGUGGAUAUAAUUAGUAUUCCCAUUUACACACAGGUCAGCCUGACACAGUCCUAUAUGAAUCCAACAGCUCAUCUGAGGCUACAAGAGAGUGUAAUCUGAUUGAUUUCAAUCUCGAGGUCAAACUUCCUCUUCCUAUACGAGACACGCAAUGAAAUGCAAGGGAUGUUUGUUGGGGAACUGUGCUGUGCAGAACCCUGGGUGAGAUACCUACCGGGGUGAAGGGCUUAUGAAUCAACCCCACUGGGGAGGAAUGUGGGGAGUCCAUGCACUGUUGGGAAGUCGAAGGAAGUUUUAAAGGACAGAUAGGACUGUGACAGAUGGACGGACAGUGGAUGGAUGGACGGACGGUGAUGGGGAUGAGGUAACCCAGGAAGGGCUGAGCAGGAUGCAGCAAGAGCGAAGGCAGGGCCGCAGGAGGAGAAAGCAGCAGUUAUCACUGACAAGAUAGCAAUGAAGAUUUGCCCUGAGAGCUAAGUGGACGUCAUCCUGGAGGACUGACAGCACACAGAUGGAGGGCUGAGAGAGUGGAGCAUGUCUGUAAACAUUUGGGAGGUAGAGGCAGGAAGAGGUAGUUCAAGGUUAUUCUUGGUUAGAUAGGUACCCUGGGUGACGUAGAUAUUCUGCUUAUGUAGGUAUGCUGGGUUUUAUAGGUAUUCUAAGUUAUAUAGGUAUCCUGUCUCAGAGCCUAUACCCCCUCCCCCCCACACACACAAGGAGAGAUUUGAUUGGGAAGCCAUUUAAGCCUUUGAGCAGAAGAGUAUCCCCAAGUUAGUGUUAUUAAUAAUGUUUGGACCCUGGAGGUGGUGGCUAAUGCCUUUAAUCCCAGCACUUGGGAGGCAAGGGAAGGCAGAUCUGUGAGUCUAAGGCCAGCUUGGUCUACAAAGCAAGUUCCAGGACAUCCAGAGCUACGCAGAGAAACCCCAUCUCAAAGAACCAGAAUUAAACAAGCAAACAAAAGGUUUGGCCAAAGAGUCUCCAGGAGCGCCUGCUGGACAGCUGUGAGAAAGAGCUAUCUGGUUUCCUAAACCGUUGGUAUCGAUGGUGUAGCACAGCCAGGCACCAGAACUGAGUCCCUAGGGCAUCUGCUAGAGUUCACAGCCUAUGGAAUUCAGUUCUCAGGGCCAGGUGGCCAAAGUUCUCUCAGCCUGGAUGCUGCCCGCCCUUCAGAGCUCUCUUCUGUGGAUGUCAAACAUACAUACACACGCACAGAGGGCAUGUGAGAUCAGAUCUUUUUUUUUCAAUUCCACCAUGUGGGCUUCAGGGUGUCAAGUUUUGUGGUAAGUACCUUGAACCAUCUCCUUGGUCCCCCUUCUAUAAAUGUUCUCCACACCCUAACAUGGACAUGUUGAGACUCAGUAUAGCCCGAGAGCUCGGAAUACUGCCCACUCUCUCUGGUGGGUGCUGAGCUUGGAGCUGAGAAAUGGGAUCCCACAGCUAGAAGACAAGAGCAUGAAGGGAGGGGCACAGAGGUUGGCAGGGGCUGGGUGUUGCCUGCCCAGAUGUGCUCUUGAUGGGCCAAGUAUAGGGGCUAGAGGGCUGAGGGACUGGGGAAAAAGCCAAAAUUUGCACCUGAUGACAUAUCUGCACAUAUCUGCAGUUGAAAAAGCUUCCUCGGCUGCGUGUGGGGUGGGGUGGGGUCUCCAAGACAGUAGCUUAGGAGUGUCAGCCCCUGGAAAGGCUCCCGAUUGGACAGAGAUCUUGAGUUGGGGAUGGCUGAAUGGGGAGGAAAACUUCCCUGAGCUGUGCUUCCAUUUGCCGGAGAAUUAAAGUGACAGCCAGGCACUGUCCCUGGAGAGGGACAGCAAAAGCAGCCACUCAGGAAUCACCCUCCCCUGCUGAGUCCCGGGAGAGGAGCAGGACUUACCCACAAAGCCUCUUCUCUGGCAUCCCUAGGGCUGGAUCUGCAGUAAGCAAUGUGGUGGACCAGAGCGCCUUAAAUAGGCCCCCAUGCUGCACGGCAGAGCCCCACCCACCCAUGCAGGCUCUUCUGAGAAAGGAGGAAGGUGUGGGAGGACCGGGCAUGCUGCCUGCUGCCCAGAGAGUCCUUUCUGACCUCAAGCCAGAGCUGGGGACACUCCCCCCACACCCGUUUUUCCAAGUGUCUCCUUCCUUAUUUCAGUGCCUGAUGAGUGCACUCCCAGACAUGAGCCUUCUGGUUCUUUCGUUGUUUCUAAUGCCGGGAACCUCUUGAUGCUGAACUCAACCCCAAUUCCAGCUUCUGAGACAGGGGCCUGGGGAAUUAUAAGUCAGAGUUAUUUACAGCAUAGGCUCCUAGUCUUUUUCAGUCGAGGAUACCCUGCAGCCUACAAAAGUCACCUAAGGGAAGAGGAGAGAAGAGGCAAGCAACACUUGCCUUCCUUACAGGGGCUUGAAGCAGUACUCAGUGAAGUUGGCUCCCACCUUGGGGAAGGAGAGAAAAUAAGAAUUUAGGGGACCGGAAACCAGGAACUAAGGGCAAGGCCACAUUAGCUGUGUAUAUCUAACAGAUGGUUUUCUGGAGCAAUGGUUCUCAACCUGUUGGUCGCAAACCCCUUGAGAAUCAAAGGGCCCUUUCAUUGGGGUCACCUAAGACCAUCAGAAAACACAGACAUUUACAAUGUGAUUCGUUUUUUUUUAGAGCUGAGGACGGAACCCAGGGCCUUGCGCUUGCUAGGCGAGUGUUCUACCACUGAGCUAAAUCCCCAACCCCUACAAUGUGAUUCGUAACAAUAAAAAUUACACUCAUGAA